CCAUACCGGUGUGACGCCGAUCUUUCCAGCCUUCUGAUUGGCUGCCUCAGCCGAGGCAGUGUUUUUAAUUUGCGGAAGAAGGAAACGAGCUACGUGAAGGGAACCAGUUUGCUCCGUGGAUAUAUUUACAGUCACGGGAUUAAACAUUCAAAAUAUACUGAUGUUCUUUUUUUAAGUUAUUAUUCCACUGCCCUGUCUCUCUGAUAUAGGUCUCAGUUUGUUAGCCUCGCAGAAAGCGGCCGCAGGGACUUCCGUGUUUACAGCGUGUUGCAGCUGGAAGCAGCGCUGCUGAGCUGAAAAUGACCGGGGACGGUGUCAGUCUGGCGGCUUUCUGGAUCAUGACCGCGGUGGCUUCUGCAGCCCGGCCGCCUCACAUCGUCUUCAUCCUGGCUGAUGACUUCGGCUGGAACGAUGUGGGCUAUCACAGCUCGGAGAUCAGGACGCCGAACCUGGACAAGCUGUCGGCUAAAGGGGUCCGGCUGGAGAACUACUAUGUCCAGCCGGUGUGUACCCCCUCCAGGAACCAGCUGAUGACCGGCAGGUACCAGAUCCACACGGGCAUGCAGCACCAGAUCAUCUGGCCGUGCCAGCCGUACUGUGUCCCCCUGGAGGAGAAGCUGCUGCCUCAGCUCCUGCAGGAGGCGGGCUACGACACACACAUGGUGGGCAAGUGGCACCUGGGCAUGUACAAGAAGGACUGCCUGCCCACGCGCCGCGGCUUCGACACCUACUUUGGUUACCUGACAGGAAGUGAGGACUACUUCUCUCACACGCGCUGUUACAGAAUUCCCCCUCUGAACCUGAGCCGCUGCGCUCUGGACCUCAGGGACGGCGAGGAGGUGGCCACCGCGUACAAAGGGAACUAUUCCACCGAGCUGUUCAGUCAGAGAGCCGUCAGCGUCAUCAAGAAGCACGACCCCAGCAAGCCGCUCUUCCUCUACUUGGCGCUGCAGGCGGUGCACUCACCCCUGCAGGUACCGACGCGCUACCUGACCCCCUACAGCUUCAUCAAAGACCCUCAGCGCAGGUUGUACGCCGGCAUGGUGUCGGCCAUGGACGAGGCUGUGGGCAACGUCAGCCUGGCUUUGCAGGAGGAAGGACUCUGGGACAACACGGUCCUCGUCUUCUCCACAGACAACGGCGGUCAGACCAUGUCUGGCGGCAGCAACUGGCCGCUGCGUGGGAGGAAGCUGUCGCUGUGGGAAGGGGGCGUGCGGGGAGUGGGAUUCGUCACCAGCCCGCUGCUGGAAAGGCCCGGGACCGUCAGCCAUGAGCUCGUCCACAUCUCCGACUGGCUGCCCACUCUGGUCGGCCUGGCGGGCGGCAGCACCAACGGCACCAAGCCGCUGGACGGGUUCAACGUGUGGAAGACCAUCAGCAAAGGCUUUGCCUCGCCCAGACAGGAGCUGCUGCAUAACAUCGACCCUUUGUAUUGUGACCUGGCUCCAUGUCCUGGCAGCCAGAGUCAGUUAACUUUGGCUCGGGGGGUCGCUGAAGACUGGUGGGCCAACUCCAUCUUCAAUGUGUCCAUUCACGCAGCCAUCCGAUCCUCAAACUGGAAGCUGCUGACGGGAUACCCAGGGUGUGAAGUUUGGUUCCCCCGACCCGGCCACAACACCUCAGAGUCUGGGCUUUCUAAGGUGGAUCCACUGAAGCCGGUCAUGCUGUUUGAUGUGGAGGAAGAUCCCGAGGAGAGACGUGAGGUGUCGGCUGAGUUCCCCCAAGUGGUUGAGUAUCUCCUCACUAGACUCCAACAGCACCAGAAAACCGCUCUGCCCAUAACCUACCCUGACGACGACCCCAGAUGUGACCCGGGCCCCACUGGAGCCUGGGGGCCGUGGGCUUAGAUGGAGACAACGGGGACAUUAUGAAGGCUCCUAUUUGCACUUUUACUGUGAAUUCUAAAAGCAGGGAACAAUCAUGUUUUUAUGAACAAAUUUUUUUCUACCUGUUGUCUAGCUAAAAGUCACCUUUUGUAAGUUUCUUAGUGCCGGACCCCUGAUGCUUUCUUGUCCUGGGGCCUUUUUGUCACAAUCAUAUGUGUUUUUUCUAGAAUGCGCACUUCGUUUAUCUCCUUUUGAGACAAUCCAGACCUUCAUGUGUUGUAGAAGUAAAAGCACGUAGAAGCAGCGGGGAACAAACUUGUAGCUGACUGAACCGGGGUUGUUUUUUUAAUGUAUUUAAAGCAGCACUUCACAACUAUUUUUAAUCCAGACUACAUGAAGUAACUUUUCCUGAUGAGGAAAAAACAAAUGUCUUCUGAUGAUGCCAAAAAGAAUCACCACCACUACCCCUAAAACAGUUUUAACAUCCUAUGAACAUAUUCCUUAGACCCCCGUGUUUUUGUUCUUGGUCCGUUGUUCAUUUACUUUUAGUUAAAAUCUCUUAAAUGGUAACUCAGGACGCAAUUAAUACAUACAUUUUUACAAAAAUAUACAGAAUGAGUGAUACAACCCUUAAUGGUGUGCAUUAUGAUCGCAAGUUUAGAAAUAUCUGAGAUGUUUUGAAUUCAUUCUCUGAAGGACACAUACAAGGCUUGAAGGGGUGAUGUAACAACCGCACUGCAUUGUGGGAUACCGGGGCAUCGGGAGACUGGCUUAUGCUUGUUUACAUAGCUUUCAUCCACAGCGUUGUCUUUGUUAUUUUAGUUUUAAAAAGUUAUAAACAUGGUGCAAAUGUGAGGUACCAUUAGUUUCACACUCAUUCACAAAAAGGACUUUUGGGAAAAAGAACAAUGGAUUGAGAUUUUUAAGUUUACCAGCAUCGAAUCAAAGCCAAGGAGCUCGGAUCUCUGAACUUACAAACAGAUGACGAAUGGACUCUGGAUAGCAGCAGUGAGACAACCAAACCCCACUUUCAAAAGCUCUACCUGGAAAUGUUCCGGAUUUCAGAAAGGCUGAACCGGGCGCACCUCCCCCGCUCCGUCAGCAUUGGGGAUCGACCAACCCCCGAUCAGGGGGAUGAGCCACUAAAUAUUUCCAACAAAAAUGCAGAGUGGAUACCAGGCUUAAAAUAAUUUUAAAUAAAGUUGUCUAGCAGACAACAGAGCGGAGGACACUGUAGUCGCGUUUCCAUCAACAUUUAUUAAUCCGCAUUUUGAGGUAUUGUUAAGAAUUAUGCGAUCACAGGGGCUGGAGCUGCAGAAAGCAGUUAACAAGGAAAACAGCAGAUAACCCAGGGUUGCCAAGGAUUUCACAGAUGUGGCGUGCAUAAACAUACGGACAGGUAAGGACAACAUGGGAAGAAUCGACCAAUCAUGGAGUAGGUCUUUUCUGAUCCAUAUAAGUUGAUGUAAGCGAGAGGCUUGGCACUCUCGCGUCCGGAUUUCUACCCGUCUCACAUUGUUUUAUGUAUGAGAGUGUGUUACUGAAGCUGUACACAGCCCUCUGCCUUGUUAGAUUAAAUAUGUUAAAGUAUAGUAUUCUGUUUCGAGCAUCAUUCCUUCAAAACUAUUAUGCGACAAGUGGAGUUCGCUUAAGGGGAAAAGAGCCGGGGCUAAGCUGUUGAACUGAAACAUGGUGCAGGAACUUUAACAGUAUCGCAUUAGAAAAGGAAAAAUUUCCAAUUAACUGACUAAAUUUUGCAAAAAAAAAGUUUUUAUGCUUACGAGGUAGUUUUUGAUAGUAAAUGCACAAAAGAGGAGAUGGAAACACAUUUGUCGAAUCAAUUGUGAAAUAGCAAAUGUUUACCUCACAUGACUGAUCGGCUGUUUCUGCUGCCGGCGUAUUCACGGAUAUUCCCAUAACGCUCGAAAACAGGGCUGAAAGCAACAACUGGUACGUGUGGACCCACGAAGAGGCGCAAGCAUUUCUUAGUCUCAUCUGUGAAAAAUUAUAUAUAAAUCAGCACAUUGAAUAAAGCCUUGCUCCAUUACUGAUCUGUGGUCCAUGGUAAUUAGCAACCUCUACUUCCUGUUUAUUACAGCCAACGUCAACUUAUGAUGACAUUAUGCGGUGUUCUUUUGGUUAAUUCGAUAGGAACUAGUUAUGAGGGGGGCGGGGUGUCAAGUGCCUCCUUAGAUUUAAAGAGACAGCACCAAAACGCGUUGCUCUGACACACUUUAGAACAGGGGUAAAAAGGGGGAUCAUGGGAGUGGAUUAACAAGGAAUUCAGAC